UUAUGCAGGACGCUAACUGUGUGCUCUUUGUUUGUUGCAGAGACCAGCGGCUGAUGAUCGGCCUUCCCCACACAUUCACCCUGGUUCACCCACCCCUCUACAGGACCGCCCUACAGCACCGAGCACGCCUUCACCAUAACGCAGCCUCUCUCUCUCUCUCUCGUUCGCUCGCUCGCUCGCGCGCGCUCGCUCUCACAUGAGAAGCCCAGAAUGGAGGAGAUCAUCCGACGUCUGACUGAAAUCACCACACGCCAGCACCAGCUCGCAGAACAACUUGCUGCUUGCCAGGAACGGACGGAGCAGACAGUGGAAAUGUUGCGGGAAGCCGCCACGGCUCGUGUGCCGUUACCAGAUCCCUGCGCGUCGGCGCACCACCAUCCCACCAAACUUGGCGACCUAGAUGAUAUAGAAGCUUACCUGCAUACAUUUGAAGUAGUGGCCUCCCGAGAGAGUUGGGAUCGACGGGAGUGGGCCCGUCUCCUAGCCCCCUUCCUGACCGGGGAAGCGCAACAAGCCUAUUUUGCGUUAACUCCUCCCGAGAGCGAAGACUACGGCGUGGUCCAGCUGGAAAUCCUAGCCCGAGUGGGGCUGUCCCCCAUCUGUGCCGCACAACAGUUCUGGACUUGGACGUAUGAGGAAAACUUGCCAGUGAGGGUCCAGGCCACCCGGUUGUCCCGCAUUGCGCAUCUGUGGCUGCUCGUAGACGAACCCUCGGCUGCCCAGGUCGCCAAGAGAGUGGUGGUGGACCGCCUGCUCCGUGCGCUUCCCAGAUGGUAUAGGAACCCAGUGGGAAUGCCUAACCCGAUUAGCCUGGCUGAGCUGGUGGAAGCAGUCUAGCUGGCAGAAGCGGCUUUCGCGAGAGAUGCUGGAGAGGGGGUGGUAGCCAGCCCCCGGAGGGCAAACCCCGUUUGGCGACCACCGGAGGGCACCUCAAGGCCAGUAAGUAGACCUGGCGUCCCCGCCCCGGCCGACGAACCCAUGCCCACGGAACCUGCCCCAGUGGCAGCAUGGACAUGGUUGGCCGGUUGGAUAGUACACCGCUCUGUGACCCCCGGGGCUCCCGAGCUGCGGAUUGUUAUCAAUGGGAGACCAGUCACGGCGACUCUCGACUCCGGCAGCGCCAUCCCGCUGGCCCGAGGAAAAGCCACCAUCCCAAUUACCUGCGUGCAUGGGGAUACUCGGCAGGUACCCGCCCGCCAAGUCACCAUCUCCGCUCCAUCAAGAGCCUGGGCCCUGGAGGUGGGCGUCGUCCCGGAUCUCCCCAUGCCGGUUCUUCUCGGGAGGGAUUGGCCCUGAUGGCCAAUGAAAGUGAGCACGAGGGUGAGUCCCAGCCUGGUACCAAUAACCCGUUUAUAAACCUCUAUCAACCGAUAACCUCUGGGGGCUCAUUUGGUAGAGAACCGCGUGAGGAUGACCAGCUACGGAAUUGCUGGCACCAAGUGCGGAUAGUCGACGGAGAGUUCAGACAGCCCGUGCCUCACCCCGUGCCUUACUUCCUGGUCCAAAAUGGUCUCCUUUACUGUGCCGCCCCGAGGCGGGGGGAGGAAAAGUUACUUUCGGUGGUGCCCAAAACGAAGACGGCUACAGUUAUUGAGCUGGCCCACACCCACCCAAUGGCUGGUCAUCUGGGGGCCGCCAAUACCAAUUACUGUCACAAUAAAACACCCUCCGGGGUUUUGUC